UUGGUAAUGGAGAACAAACUUAAGCCAGAAACAAAACCAGUCCUCUAUGAACUAAAAUCUGCUAACAUAAGGACAAUCAUGGUGACAGGUGAUAACCUUCAGACAGCGUGCACAGUGGGACUAAGCUCUGGCAUGCUACCCAAUGCUUCCAGUUUACUCCUGUUAGAAGCUUGUGAGCCUAAAGGUGGUUCUUCAGCAUCAUUUACUUGUCACCCAGUAGAAAGAAGCAGAGACAAGUCACACAAACAGAAUAAUACAGCAAAGUACCUUGUAACCACUACCAAUGAGAGCAUUUGGGGAUUCAAUGUUAGUGCCUGGAAGUAUCAUUACGCUAUGAGUGGAAAAACAUAUGAAAUUAUGAAGCAACACUUCCCAAGUUUGGUACCAGAUAUUCUACUUAAUGCUACUAUUUUUGGUAGAAUGACACCUAAUCAAAAAACAAGCAUUAUUGAAGAUUUACAAAAGAUUAAUUAUUACGUUGGCAUGUGUGGAGAUGGAGCAAAUGAUUGUGGGGCUUUAAAGAUAGCUCAUGCUGGAAUCUCUUUGUCAAAUCUAGAAGCAUCAGUGGCCUCUCCUUUUACAUCAAAUAUCUCAAAUAUUGAAUGUGUACCAAAGCUGCUAAAGGAAGGAAGAAAUACACUUGUGACUUCAAUAUGC